AUGGGAAGGCCACUCAAGACUCCCAAUGCUUGUUGGAGUUGCCGACUUCGACGUAAAAAAUGCGACGAGAAGCAGCCAGUAUGUGACACUUGCGCUACACUGUACAUCACCUGUUAUCACGACGUGAAGAAACCGGAAUGGAUGGAUGGCGCCAAAAGACAAGAGGAGAUGAUGGAGCGACUCAAACGUGAAGUUAAAGAAAAUGCGUAUCUUCGUCGGGGCCAACGAGCCGUCCGUACGACUGCAUCUACUACUCCUGGAAGCGAGCCUGAAGUCAUGUUCCCUCAGCAGGCGCUGCCCACGACCAACCCAAUACUUCAAGUUGCUCAGGUUGCCAGUAGCCGGUGCUCUCUUAUACCUCCCCCUCAGUUUCAGCGUGGGACUGAUUGCACUCGUAUCACCAAGGACGCCCGCAACAUCGAUUUUGGACGGUCUGACACGAUCCUGUUCAUGUUCUACUUAGAAGAUGUAUUUCCAUUUCUUUUCCCAUUUUACCGACCGUCGCUUUUGGAAGGUGGUAGAGCAUGGAUCUUAGAAAUGAUGAUCAGUAGCCCAGUAGUACGACAGGCGAUUCUAUGUCAGAGCUCCUACUUCUUCUCUCUCGCUCGCGGAACUGAAACCUCUGAUGUUGUUUGGGAAACGGUACUCACCCAGACCCGUGAUACUCUUGGAAUGCUGAGGCAAUCGCUGCAAGUCAUAGAGAGCUCAGAAAUUACCGAGCACCUGCAUGGAGCGGUGCGCAUCAUGGCCAGUAUCAUGCAAGUGCAGCGAUUUGAUAUUGCUGUCUUGAGCUUUGAAAACUGCCAGACACAUCUCAACGCAGCACUUGCUCUUUUUAAACGACUGUUUGAAGGGUUUGAUCCUGCGGUUGAGCCGUCCAGAUCAGACUCGACAUUUUACACGGUCAUGAGUCGUCUGGGUCCACCAUCAGAGAUUCAGUGUGUCCAGAUUCCAAGUGCCGAACAGGCGGCUUUCAGCUUCUCAUCCGCCCUCUUGAUAUUGGACGAUAUUAUGGCGAGCACGGUGCUGCAGGAGCAACCCAGACUCUACGAAUACCACGGGAGUCUUCUGAAUAGUAUUGACGGGGCUGAACCUCCUAUUAACCUUGAACAUGUCAUUGGUUGUCAGAACUGGGUGUUAUUGCAGAUUGGGGAGACUGCUGUGCUUGAUGCAUGGAAGCAGCAAUGCAAGCGUGCUGGAAAUCUCGAUGUGAUGCAGCUGGUACAUCGUGCUACAAUCAUCAAGGAUACAUUGGAGGCAAAUCUUAGUCGGCUUGAAAGCGAUCUUGCGGCUCCCCCAAGGUAUGGUGGUAGUCUGUUUGACCUUUUCAAAGCAGAGUACUGCCUGCCAACUGCCAACCAGAGUUCUUUGGUCACGCGCGUCUGGGCUCACGCAGCUCUCAUCUACCUUUUCGUAGUUGUAUCUGGGUGGCAGCCCUCUAGUGUUGAUAUCCGCUAUCAUGUUGGUCAAAUCAUUGAGCUCCUUUCGAGCCAAACAUCGUCGCCAGGACUGCUGCGUACCAUGGCCUGGCCAUUUUGCGUUGCAGGCUGCCUCGCGGAAUCUGCACAAGAAGAUCACCUGCGGGUAAUGGUGCAGGCGUUGCACCCUCCUAGCAUUUUUGGUACAGUGCGCAAGGCGCUUGAGAUCAUGGAGAACGUGUGGCGCAACAGAAACUCGGGAGACAUUGCGAGUCGUGAUCUCGCUCUGUGCUUUCAAAAUCAAGGUAGGACUGAUUUGGUGUUGCUUGUUUGA